AGCGGAUGCGUACAAUAUUUAUCAUCCAAGUAAAGCGUCUUACACGAUGCAUAAUAAUGAGCUGUUCGCUGGUACAGCUUUCGUUUCCGUGGUCAAAAUAUCCCCGAUAUGCUGAAAAUCGAUGUUGAUUUGUACCUAAAAGCAUUGCAGCUGAAGGCAUUGGGAGAGAAGGCUAUCAGAAGGGGAUGCUUUGUCAAAUGAACCACUGGUCAGUUACAGCACAGGCAUGGCCUUAUCCGGAAUGGACAGCAGCAUGAGUCUGGUGAAGAAUGAAGUGCAAGCAGCUCCAGCGGCUGUACAGCGCAGCUCCUCACUGGACAGCAUGCAGAAUCCCGUCAGCAUUCUACCGGUACCCGGGAACGCUGAGAUGCUUCCCACAACAAUGUCUUCGACCCCCAAUGCCAACAACUCACUCUCACCUCCUUGCCAGCCAGUACAGCGUAGUCGCAGUCUGCCGCUCUUGGACUCCAGUCAAGGUAUUCCCCCGGAGCUUCUUGCUGAUUUAACGGCAUCGGAUCGGGGCAGCUUGUUGGGCAACAACUCGGUGGGCAUGGAGGAUGGUUUGUCCACAAGCCAGACCAAUAAUCAGGCAGGGCAGUUCUUGCAGAGGGACUACUUGAACCCUACACAGUUUCCAGGACUGGCCCAGCAGCCUCUGAAUCUCAGUCAGUCGGCUGACAUCAAGCAGUUCUUGGGAACAUUCCAGCAGCCCAUGGUGCCCAGGCCCAACAUGAUGAGUCGACCUGUGAGGAAUUUUAUUCCUCAUCUGGGUGAUUGGGGAGGGUAUUCGGCAGGGGGGAGGUUGCAGUUGAGAGGAGCCGAAACCACCAUGGCGGGUCUGUCCACAAUAGGCCCAUCUGGUUUGUCUCAGAGCCAGACUAUUUUUAACCCAAGUGUCGCGAACAUCUACAGCAAGGUCGUGGAUAAGGCAUUGGGCUUCCCUAUAGGUGACACUCUUAACUACGGGCGAGAAAACGUGCACUUUCCAAGUGGACAGCCCCCCAUGAAUGUAAACCCCUUGCGACAACAGGUAGUGUUUGAAGGGAAACCUUCUAAAGAUGGCGAUAGACAAUUGCACAUGCCCAAGGAUGGGAGGGGCAACUUGGUGCAAGCGCAUCAGCACCACAAUGAGAACAACAACGAUAAGACCUCGCCAAACAUCCAAGCACUGUCCGACAGUGUGGGAGGCCAUAUGGGCGAUAAAUCUAUGCUGCCGUUGUCGGUGAGCGUGUCUGUAGCUUUCACUGAGCCUAGUCAGGAUAGCCCGGCCUCAAUGUCCCGGCACAGUAACAGUCCUGCCAUGCCGUACAGAACCUCAGCAGAUCAGAUGCUGAGUAUGAUCAAUUACAACGACGACCAACUCCUCCAAGAGCACGGGCUGAUAAGUGAUAACUCAGUGACUGGUACUCUGGACGAUAACUUCCUGAGCGGUUCCAUUGGGAUUGGUCAUCCCAGUGGCUCCCGUCUAACCGAUUCUUCCAACCUCACUGGCAUGGACUCCAGCCCACCGAGCGUCAACAAUGAAACGUUUGAUCUGUUUGACGGAGGCGGGGACGUGGACGAAGCUAGUUACAUGAAUGAUUCCCUCUCGCCUCAGGACUUAGGUGGUGACUCGGAUGUGCAUGUUACUUCCUCGCUCUCAAGCAUGGGCUCCCAGUCUGGCACUGAUGUUUUGGCAAGUCUACCGAGAUCUGUUGGACGAGGAGGCUUUGGAGUCAGUGGGGGCAAAAAUCCACCAGACCUCAAGGCAUCUUCUGCAACAGGGGUCACCAAUGAUGGCUGCAGUACAGAUGUGCCGCCCCGUCGUAAGGGCCGGCCACCAUCACGCAACCCGGGCCAUCGCUACUCCCAGCCCUGCCAGGUGUGCGGCAAGAUCUUUGGCAGCUCCAGCGCCCUGGCCAAGCACAAGCUGAUACACAGCAGCGAGCGCAGGCACAAGUGUGUGCUGUGUGCCAAGAGCUUCAAGCGACAGGACCAUUUAGCUGGUCAUAUGCUGACACAUCGUAGCAAGAAACCCUACGAGUGCUCGGUACCGGACUGCAGCAAGUCCUACUGCGACAUCCGCUCCCUACGGCGACACUUUGAGUCCCAGCAUCAUGGCUUGGUCAUGGAAGAACACAUGAAGUACACGGGAGACGAGAGGGAUCCUGAACUGAUUGCUGCCGAGGAGGCUGCUGCCGUACAAGCCCAGGCCCAGGCCCAGGGCCAGCCCUCGGGUCUACCAACCAACUCGGUGGCAUCCUACAUGAGCACUGUUAAUACCUUAUCCAGCAUGCCGGUCAUAGGCAGCCUGACUGUCAAUAACUUUGGCCAGGGAGGGCUGAUGCAGCAGCCGUCACCGCAGCAACAGCAGCAGCAGCAGCAACAACCACAACAUCAUCAUCAUCAGCAGCAGCAGCAGCAGCAACAGCAAGGGGGUGGUAUGAACAGUACCAACAGUCAAAGCUCCGAGGGUCAGGGUUCCAGCUCCAGUGCCGCUCUCCAGUUCCUGGCUCAGGCGGCGCAGCGAGCCCAAACCAACCUUCCCAUCUCGGCUACCUCGCCCAACAACCAGUCAGAAGCCAUGACGCUGAACCCUCAGAUCCCCGUGCCUCAGGAUUUGCCUACAUUGCACCGGUUUACUGACCUGAUUAAUCCCUCGGGCACUAACCAGCUGUCGUCCAGCUCUUGGAAUAUGACGAGCCAGUACGAAGGCCUGUCCAACCCCAGGAACUUGAUCAUGGAGAGCAUCCCUGCCCCUAGGUUAGCCACCACUAUGUCUACUUUGUCAGGCAACACAAGUACAAGACGUGCAUUAGCAAGCAUCCCAACCAUGGCUGUGGACGUCAGGCAGCCAUCACCCAGAGGCCCAUCACCUGCUAAGAGCUCUGAUGGUAAAGAGAAAAGCCAGCAGCCGGUAGAGUGUUCAGUGUGUAAAAGAAUGUUCAAGAGCAUGCCAGCAUUGAAUGGACACAUGAGGCUCCAUGGGGGCUACAACAAUGCUAGAGGGGAGACCACAGACAUGAACAAAGGGGAUCAUUCAAAAAUGGCUCACCGCCAGCAAGCGCCCACCCCUCCAAGGACUAGCCAAGCCCGAUCCACUCCAGACACCAGAGGUCCUCCGUCGUCCUCCUCGGCACCUAGUACCCACUCCAUCCCCAACCACCAGUCUAUGAUGGUCAAUCAGGCCCCUGUCAGCCAGACCCAGCCAGCCCUUCAUGUGUCCGUGCCAGGCCCGUCGUUUCCAAUGCCAAUGUCGGGACUCCCUCAGCUUCCCCCUAUGACCCAGAUGCCCCCUCUCCUUAAUCAGCUCCGGCCUCAGCAGAUAGACCUGCCGGCCCAGGUCAAGAGGGAACUCAACAUGGCCAGUGUCCCCAAGCCCAGCAACCCAUUUUUCUCGGACGUUUCCUUCUCGCAUCCUCAUCACCACUCCCAGCAGCUGCCUAGCUCCUAUCCUCAGUUGAUGCCCAUGCCCAUCAGUCAUGUCAAGGACAUGCCUUUUUCUGUCCCCAUGACCUACCCAGCAACAACCUCGCAAACUGUUCAGAUGGUUGUCAAGGCGGAGCCAGUCACGCCUACGGCCAUUGUGCCGCCGCAGCAGCUGCAGCUGCAGCAGCAGCAGAUGCCAGUAGCGCCACUUUUCACCACUGCAGGACAGCACGAACUCAGUCCACCAAGACUGGAGGCCAUUAAACCAUCUGAAGAUCAGAACGUCUUUAGAAAUCCCCCGCCUCCCACGCAGCCCAGCCCGACUAAAAAGAGACCACGCCCAUCCCCCUUGCACAUCCCCUCAUGUGUCAAUACAGGGACGCCAGGGGGAAUCAUCCCGGGCACCUACCAGUCACAGAUGAGAUCACCUCGGGAACUGGGAGGCUUUUACCCGCAUCACCCCUAUCGCUCUUCAGGGUCUGGCACCACCCCUCCCCCAUACACGCCUCCACCCAUGCUGAGCCCAAUCCGCAGUGGGCCUGGCUUGUAUUUCAAUGUUGGGCCGUUGCCCAUGCCAUCGAUGACACCCAAGACUCCAAGCAUGAUGUCCAUGCAUCGCAGAAAUAGCUCUGCUGCACCUGAAGAGGCUGUCUCAGACUUUGUCUUCUCCACGGCUGAACCACACAUCAACGUUGGGCCAGAAUUCCAAGCCACGAUUCCUGACCUGAUAGUGGAGGGUCGGGAUGAAUCUGUGGAGCCUGAUUAUAGACUGGGCUGGCUGGCUUCGGAUCCUUCUGUCAAUGAAAAGUACACCAUCAGUGAAGUGACCAAUUUCCUGAUGUUGGCUAAAACGGCAGCCUUACCUGGUGGGGCACAGAACACGGAAUAUGCCCAUCACUGUCUGCACAGAGCAGAUGGGGACAUACAGCUUGCCUUAAAGAUGUUGAUGAAUCCUCAGUCUUGCCCUGAAGACAAUAAUCCAUUCAAUGAUUACAACUACAAUUUCACUGCUACCUGGUCUCAAGGAGAGAGGAAGAUCUUCCGAGAUUACUUCAAGAUCAAGGGAAAAGAUUUCCACGCUAUCCAGAAACAUAUUCCAACUAAACCCGUCAAGGAGAUAGUGGAAUAUUACUACCUCUGGAAGAAGCUGUACCCCUACAACAGGGACAUGCAGAAGUUCUGCCAUCACAGUGGCGUCAAUCCUUCAGAAGACGUGCGCAGGAAUGAAUGUGACCUCUAUCCGGGAGAGACUUUCAUAGAUUAUGUUCCUCUCAAGGAGUAUAGACAUGAUAAGUACUAUAGAGGGGGCGGGCAGGCUAGGAACAAUAAUCAUGUGAAAACUUCCUCUAAUCAGGAGGAGAAGCCAGCUAAUCAGGGGCCGUUCACCUGCAACUAUCCAGACUGUGCAGCGACCUUCAAGUCCAGGCAAGCCCUGAAUGGCCACAUUCGUGUGCACGGCGGCAGCUACAAAUCCCAGCCGGCUGCCAAGGAGACGCGGCCGGUCCAGCGCAGCGUCUCCCCGGUCUCGGAAUCUACCUCCACCUCGGGAAUGUCCCGUAGGAUGUCGACGGAUUCCUCCUCUGGGGAGAGCAUGGAACCCGAGCCCGUCACCUACCCGUGCAAGAUCUGUGGCAAGGUAUUUUUCAAAGUGAAAAGCCGGAGUGCCCACAUGAAGAGCCAUCGCAAGCCAGAUGCCGUCAAGAAACCGAUCAUCCCAUCCAUUCAGGAAGAGUCGCCCCCGGAGUUUGGCACGGAGUCUCUGAACCACUACGCCGACGACUCGGAAGUGGACGACAGCGAGGACGACGAUGACGAGAUGAACGAGGAGCUGCGCGGUUACCCGCAUGAUGGCAGGGAGCGAAGUGACGACGGGAGCAGCUCUACGGGUCAGUCCGGCAGCAGGAGCGAGAGCAGCAGCGGCAGUGGCAGCGGCAGCGAGAGCGAAUCAGAGUCUGGGAACUCAGAGGAGGCAGGGGAGCAACCGAUGAGGAUGUGAGGUGAAGAGAUUCGCCGGAGGAGGUUCCUGAUUGUGCAUGGUAGAGUUACGGGACGCAUCCUAGCUGGCUGGGACAUCCUACCAAUGUGCAAUAAGUGUUGGGAUAACGGAGAACGGAGGCUGUGCUGAGUGGAGAGUACAACAUCGGAAGACGUUUGCUGAUACACCAUGCGAUGUGGCGGUCCCUACUUUCAGAGAGGGUUUUUCGGAACGAAACCAGUGUCAACUCUGGGUAAAGGGACGUGGAAUCAACCUGCUGAACGCUCAACCGUCCAUAGUCAGCAAAAGCACUGGCAGCGUUGCACGUGGGAGUGAUACACCAGAAUGCACUCCUGAAUCAGAAACCCCUCCUGAAACCUCCAGACAAAUGUUUAUGAAACCGUGGCCAGAUGGUUGGAUGUGUGGUCUCGCAAAGAGGGAACUUCAGACUGAGCAAGAAACAUGUUUGCUGUGUCUUGUGUGUAACUUAAGAAAUACUUCAUUGAACUCCAAGACACUCCCGUGAUAUUUGGAAAAGCUUGUGCAGCAUUGAGACAAUAUCACCGGAAUGAAUUUAAAAAAAUCAUCUCUGGUUUUUUUUGUUUAGCAUCACUUUUAUGUUAAUAUCCCAUUGGUUUUUAAAAUUCUCAAAAUCACGAGUAGCCUGCGAGAUUCCCAAAGUGAACUGGUAUUCCCCGUGGAUUACUUAUUUUUGUUUUGUUUAUAAAAUCAUGAACUUGAAGCUGACCACAAAUUCAUGAAAUUCUUGACAUUUGUUAAUGUUAUUUUUGUUUGAAUAUCAUCUAAGAUGUGGUUUUAUAUUUGCAUAAACCAUGCAAGACUUAAAAGCACCUAAAUUUUGAUUUUAAAAUGUACCAUUUAAUGUGCAUACGAUGAUGUAAUACAUGCACAUUAUUUAUGAGGAACAUCAUGUCCCCUGCUUUGGGUAGAUUUUGAAGGGACUAUGUUUUUUAAGGCACCAUCCAAGGUUUUGCAUUUUCCUGAUUUGAAUGCUUAAUGCUCCAUUGACUUUUUAGCAAAUUAUUCCUUUUUGUGCAAUACCGGUAUCUUCCUCUCUGCUGAGUUUUGUUGCAUACCGCCAUUUUUUUCUGUGUGGUUUUGUUAGCCUAUUUUUCUGAUUAUUAUUAUUAUAAUGAAAGUAGAGCUUGUACAGUGUUGUAAAUUUCUGUUUGACCGAUAAGCCUCUGAAAAUCAACUUGUACAGUUGUAGAAACUAAUUUUUACUGGAUGGUUGUAAAAAACACACAUUAUUUUGUUGUUCAUGUGGCUCUCGUCCAGAGCCGUUUUCUUGCUUUGGUUGGUAUCGCUGAGGGCAGGGAAAUUUUGCUAAGCAAAAUGAUGCGGGUUACCAGCCCAAGUAUCAUUAGUUGUGUAUUGGUCGUGACUGGUUCUCGGUCAGUUUUUGAUUGCUUUGCUAAGCAGCUCUGAUAAUGACCCUAGUAAUGGCCGCGUCCCAAUAGCUUGGCUGUGGCUGGCGAUUACACACGUGCUUACUGAAGCCGCUGCAGCCACUGUCCAUAGACCCGUGUGUAUCUCCCAGCCGUAGCCAAGCAAUUUGGGCACAGCCCAAUAUCUUGACUGCGGCUGGCUGUUACACACACGCCUAUAGAAGCCGCUGCAGCCACUGUCCAUAGACCCGUGUGUAUCUCCCAGCCGUAGCCAAGUAAUUUGGGCACAGCCCAAUAUCUUGACUGCGGCUGGCUGUUAUACACACGCCUAUGGAAGCCGCUGCAGCCACUUCCCAUAGACCCGUGUGUAUCUCCCAGCCGUAGCCUAGCAAUUAGGACAGAACCUUACAUUGCACAUAGCAGUGCUCCUGAAUUUCAAGCAAUGGUGCUAAAAAAAAGAUAUGAAUGGCCUCAUGCUGGUUAUAAGGGGUAUUAGCCUAGUAUUGGCAGGGGAAAGUUAUUCAUCAAUUUUUAUAUAAAACUUUCUUAAUUAAUUAAGAGGGAAAAAUUAACAGACCAGAUUCAUCAACUUCCCCUUUUUUCCCAAACUUUUUUAUAUAUAUAUUUAUUUUUAAAUUUUAAAUAUUUUACUUGAAAAUUUGACAUUUGAUCCCCCUCCCCCCCCUAAUUAACUGCUUGGUACUGGCCAGAGUCAACACCUGGAGUUCUGUUCAUAAGAUGGAAGUUCUCUAAUGAACCACUUGCUGUUUCAUUGGGCUGAAAUCUUCUGUCCGUUCGCACAGAAAGUGUUCUCCUGAACUUUGGAAAUGCUACAAUUUCCCAUCCCAUCAAACCCUUGUAUCAAUAAAAACCUAUCAAUUGGACGUCUUUUUUACAGUCUAUAAUUUCAUUUUAUUUUAGUCACGAAACUCAUCUUCCUCUUUUUUGCGAGUGUAAGUAUACCAGGCAUUUAUUUUUUGGCUUCCUGUGAAAAUAAUUGCAGUAUUAAAAAUGAUUUGUAAAAAAAAAACUGUAUAAAAAUCUCUAAAUUUCUUUUAAUGCGAUACUGUUGUGCCAUAUUUUUUAAUUAAAGGGUAAUUGUCAUGUUCGUCUCGUCUGAUGAAGUUGAAGUCUCAAUUCAAAGAUGGCUGACUCUCUGGAGGAGGGUAUCAUUUAACAGACUCUGAAAAGCCUCAUUGUGAAAUAUUCUCGUCUUGUAAAUAAACAAAAAAGUAACUUCACAUAUACUACCUUUUUAUUAAUUAAGUGUGUGAGACAGAUGACUAUUUUAUCAUGUGAUAUUGGAAAUAUGAACUGGACAUUGAAGGUUUAUGAACUGUAAGAUAAAAUGAUAAAAGUGUCAUUAUUUUGUAUGAUGAAAAAAAAAACCAACACAUUUUGUGCAGUUGUGGAAAGCAAAUCUUUAAGUCAAAUUCUAAAAAAAAAAAAUGAAUAUCCAUUGUCAACUGUAAAUGUGCAUAAAAUGUGCAUUUUAUCUCUAUUUCAUAGAAA